CAGGAGUCUCGAUGGUUCCGGACCUUUAGACGCCUGUUUAUCUACUUUAAAAUGAGCCAGGGGCCAAACCUUGUCCUGGACUGGCUCUCAAAGCUCCAUUUGGCUCAUUAUGCCCAGUCAUUCAUGGACAAUGGUUAUGAUGAUUUGGAGGUGUGUAAACAGAUUGGUGAACCGGACCUGGAUGCCAUCGGCGUGUGCAUUGAAUACCACAGACAGAGGCUGCUGACAGCUGUGCAGCGGCUAAAACAUCAGGACGAAAGGAGAGCAUCCAGCUACUAUUUUACCUUGGAGCCUCUGGAUCCUUCUUGCACCCACACUUCACAGCUGCACAGAGAACAUGAAUUCAGGAAGCCCAGGACACCUAUAAGGACCACAGGAAGUCCUGGAAACCAUAACUCAAGAUUCUUUGAUUGUACCGACUUUGUGACCUAUCCCAAACUCAAGCUCAAGGUACUGAUAAGGGAUAAACUUACAAAAGAUGGCGUAAACCUUGGAGAAGCACCUUACACCCUAAAGGAUGGCUCAGUGGGGAACCUUGAUGAUCUGGCUCAGGAGUACUCUGAUUACUACGGUACUUCUCUCAGCGACGUGUGUGAAAGGAUGGAAGAGUUACGAAAACGCAAAGUAGUACAAGAUGCAGAGAUGGGAAAGAUUGACUCAGCAGCCACAUCAGUGCAGCUCCGUUCUCAUGUCCAGGAAUCCCUUGGAUUCAGUAGUACCACAUCCACUCCAGAGAUUGAGAGAAGGUGUCCUGUACACAAAUCGAUCUCUGAUGAUGGAUCAGGGGGAAAAUGGGAUGGAAAAAGACAGAGCAAGUCUUUUUGGCAGAGUUUUAGAAAAUCACCUAAAGGAGCAGUGCAUCAUAUUUCAAAAGGUGAUGAUGUUGGUUUUGUGGCCAGUGAAAUUACAAUGAGUGAUGAGGAGCGCAUUCAGCUGAUGAUGAUGGUGAAGGAGAACAUGAUCUCUAUAGAGGAAGCACUGGCACGGUUGAAGGAGUUUGAGAGCCAGAACAGACAGACGUGUAGGUCCGAUCCCCCAGAGUGGACUGAUCCUUCUUUUCCCUUCACAAAUGAGUCGUUCAACUGCAGCCAGCCCUGUGACUUGUCAGACAACGAAGUGGAAACUGUAACAUUCAGAAGACUCCAUAAACUGGUCAGCUCAACCCGGAAAGGGAGGAAGAAGCUGAUAAGAAUUGACGAGGCUAAGAAGCAUGAAGCAAAUGAGAGUUUGGUUGUAGCUGGGCCUCCUUGUGAAGAUGCCAGGGCCUCCCUGUACUCAGGUGUGCUGAAGAAGAUGGCGGUGUCCGCUGUGGACUCACUGGUUGCUGACAUGCAGGAGCAUCUGACUUUUGACAGGGACUUUGACAGCUUGACCAACACUCCCUCUUCAAGCUGUAGGAACAUGUGUGCCAGCCAGAAAGUUCUCACAGCCCCGAGGGAGACGAGCGGCAGCUGUAACCACCCGGAGACGAGUGGUGUAAGGGAACCAGUGGGAGGUAGCAGUUCUUCCUUUUCUGAAACGGAAUCCUGCCAUGAUGAGGAACCCAAAAUGGGCCGCUCAGUGACUGACGGAGAGCUCCGUCAGCGGCUUGUCAGCCCGCUUACCACUCAUGGAAGAGCCUGCAGCUUCGGAGGAUUUGAUCUGACCAGCCGGUCGGCACACAGUGAAAACUCUAGCAAAGAUGGAGGCAGCGGUAUAAGAGAUGAUGUUAAAUCUCCUCCAAUAUCUCGUAUUUCUCUGGGUAAAAAAGUCAAGUCUGUGAGAGAAACGAUGAGAAAACACAUAUCAAAGAGAUGUAACUCUCCUCUCUCUGAUCAGUCGAGCCCAGACCACAUAUCCAGCUGUCCCCACUCGCCUCAGACUGACGCCAACUCUUUGGACAAACCCAAGCUGAAGCCAGGAGGGUCUGUGGAAAGCCUUCGGAGUUCCCUCAGUGAACAAAGUUCCAUGAGCGGUCAGACUGUGGGGACCACUGACUCUUCCAACAGCAACAGAGAGAGCGUCAAGUCUGAAGACGGAGAAGAGGAUGAGCUGCCUUACCAUGGACCUUUCUGUGGACGAGCUCUAGUUCAUACCGACUUCACUCCCAGUCCCUACGACACUGACUCCCUCAAACUGAAGAGUGGAGAUGUCAUUGACAUCAUUAGUAAGCCGCCAAUGGGUACGUGGAUGGGCAUGCUCAAUGGUAAAGUCGGUACCUUCAAGUUUAUUUAUGUUGAUGUCCUGCAUGAAGAGGAAGUGAAGCCUAAAAAGACACACAGGAGGAGGAGAGUCCUACAACCCAAACCCACCUCUGUGGAGGAGCUGCUUGAGCGCAUCAACCUCAAAGAGCAUCUUCCCACCUUCCUUUUUAAUGGAUAUGAGGAUUUGGACACUUUCAAGUUGCUGGAAGAAGAGGACCUGGAUGAGCUGAACAUCACAAACCCUCAGCACAGAGCUGUCCUGCUUACAGCCGUGGAGCUGCUCCAAGAGUACGAUGGCGGCUCAGGCAGCAGUGAUCCAGAGCGAAGCAGCCACUCUGGAGGAUCGCAGGAGAAGUUGCUUCUAAACAGACAUAGCCUCGUGAGAGAUUCGCCUCGAGACUCAGGCUGCUACGAGAGCAGCGACCACCUGGAGAACGGUAAUGACAGCCUGAGUCACCUCUGAGCACUGUCCUCUGCUGCCUUCUUCUGGUUGUCCUUUACUCUAAAGGACUUGCGUAAUCAUCAGUCCUUCUUGACACGCAACCGUUCCCCAUCACCAAACUCACGUUUCGUGCUCUUCUGGACAGACUGGUCUUCUUUAUUACAUCACAAACUCUUUGUCUCAGAGUUGUACUUUGUUCUGUUUCUGCCUCUGUCAAGCAGCGCUCUUUUAGUCAGUCACUUUCAGUCAGCACAUUUGAUGCUUUUCAGUAGAAAUAUUAUUUUCUUGUAUUUGUUGUUGUAAAAUGGAGAAGAGAUGAUUGGGGUGUCUCCACUUCAGGAGGAAAAAGUUCACUGAAGCCCUUUUUCACUUGAACAUGUUCACGCUGUGCUAUAUGUAGAACAGCUCCGGUUGUGAGUUAUGUAGUGGUUUGACAUUUCCUGAAACAGUGACUGUUGAAGAAUUGCAUGGUAAGAGUGUUUAAACAGUGAUGCAACUCGAGAUUUAAAUAUGAAGAUCAAAAGUUAUAUGUAAUUGCAGUAUCACAUUUACUGUGAGUUAUUGCUUUAUUCAUACAUAUUUUUUUUUAUUGUGGUUAUUUGGUCUGGCAUAAGUCUAAAAAGAACUGUGAAUGUCAGAUGGCUACAAGGUUAGAAGAUGAUCACAUCUGUACAGCGUAUUUCUAUUAAGAGUGUUGUGUGUAUUUUUCUAGGCAGUUAUAAUAUUGGACAAUAUUUUACAUGUGCCUAAAAGCUGCAGAAUGCAGAACAUUUAAAUAGUGCAAUUGUUACAGUGUUUAACUAUAAAUGCUAUAAAUUCAGAGUUGGCACAACUUUAAAGUAUAACACAAUAAAAAGGUCAAACUCCAACAUUCUAGGAGAUGUUUGUUACAUUUAGGUUCAAAGUCUCCACAUUCUCUGAAGUGCGCUUCCUGAGUGUGAGGAAUAAAUGACUCAGUGUCUUACCAAGCU